AUGUCAUCUUCUGUUGUCUCCGGGACUGUCUCUCCUGGGUGUUUGUCGCAAAGCUUGAAACGGCGCGUCAUUUCAAUAAUACUAUACGGAACCCCCCCCUUUCCAUCUGAGGCUCAUGAAAACGGAGAAGAGUCCGUCAGAAACAAAGUUCCGCUGUCAAAUGGUUACUCAGAACCCUUCUCUGCCGAACCCGACCAUAGCCAUCACAAUAUCCCGACCGAGCUCUGCGAUGGCGGUGACAAUGACGAGGAUGCGCUGACAGACUCCCACAGCGAUGAGAGGGAUGAUUACGGCGAGUCUUCAGGAAGCGCAUCAUCCUCGCCCCAGGCUGAGCAACGAACUAUACUAAUUUGCGGUCUUCCUGACAAGGCUACGCAUCGCAAUAUUGUGGAUGUUGUAAGAGGCGGUGCCAUUCUACACAUAUAUGUUUGGGCCCGUGACCACACAGCAAGUGUUUCGUUCGUUGAGGAAUCUGCUGCUCAGGAUUUUCUUGACCACACAAGGAGAUAUGGCUUGUAUGUAGCUGAAAAAAGGGUGGACGUCCUAUGGAAUGACCGGCAGUUUUAUCUUCCACCUUUUGUUCGCUCCAAAAUUUGCAGUGGAGCCUCUCGGAAUCUGGUUAUCUACAAUGUGAACCCCAAUAUCACUGAAGGGCUCAUCAGACGAGACAUGGAACAUAUCCACAAUCUGAUUGUCAUCUCUGUCAAGUUCAGACAUGGCAAUGCCUACAUAUCAACGAACUCUGUACACAAUGCUCUCUUUGCGCGCUCUUGUUUGAUGUCUCGUCUUACCUACAAAGGGAUGAAGAUCGGCUUUUACCCUGAUGAAUGCGCCGAACCGCUGACAAGGAUCCCUGCCGGGCCCAGGCGGGACGCUCCAGCUUCGAAGAGGCCCGCUUCGUUGCCGAACAGGUUCCAUCUUCUCUCUAUUGAUGUGUCUGAAGAUGAGGAAAGUGAAGAACAUGCACUGGGAGUCAGUCUCAACGGUGGUGUCUGCUGGCCAGACAACAGCGUGUCUGCUUAA